AUGAUAAUUAUAGAGAAUCGGGAGCAGUUAUCAAAGGAAAUACAAGCAAAUUUUGAGGAGGCAAAUGACUUGUUGGAGCAAUUGGAGUUGGAGUACCGUGGAGCUGGUGCUGGGUCUCGAGUUGCAGCCUACCGUGCUGAGCUCCAGCGGGUAAAGGAUGAAUAUCGUUCUGUUCUGAGUAAUUCAGCUACAUAUAAUAUAGAAACAGAAGAAACAUAUGACGAUUGGAAUGUAAAUGAACAGCGGCAAAAGCUGCUGGAUAACUCAGAACGCUUGGAGCGUACUGGAAAAAAUCUCACCGAAGGUUACAGGGUUAUUUUAGAGACAGAGGAGAUUGGUGCAGCGGUACUUCAGGAUUUGAGUGUACAAAGGGAAACUAUUCAAAGAUCUAGAGGACGGCUCCGAGAAACCGAUGAACAACUAAACCGUUCAUCCCGUUUGAUGAACACAAUGAUAAUGCGCGCGUUGCAAGACCGUUUUGUGCUGAUCAUGGUGUUCCUUGUUCUUGGCGUGCUUCUAUGCGGCGGCUUGUAUUUCUAUGUUACCUAG